UAGUGCAAGUUACACAGAUUGAGGAUCAAGAACACAAAUACUACAAGAAACACAUUUAUUGCACAUGUCAUCUGUACUGCAUAGCUGCUCAUAAUUUAUUAGGUACUAAUCAGUAUCUGGAGAGCUCGGUAUUUGUUGCAUUUUCCCUAAUUGAAAGUUUUGUUGAAAUUUUCAGAGACUAGCCGAAGUGUCAAAGCGUAAACGGAACUUUCUUUCGCAGUGUUAUGAAUCUAUUUUGGUUUACGUUCUCGUGGUUAAAUGAAUGUACAGAUAUAUGUUACCUCAUACAUAGUUUGUAUUUUAUUACAUGGUGUAUGUAACAGUAGUACAUAUUUCUGAUACUUGUUGAAAUAUGAUGAGGCAAAAUACUAUGACAAUCAUAUGCCACUUAACAAAAUAGUUUUUUUUUAAAAAAAGCUUUUUGCUUCCCCCUUCCCUACCCGCAAAUCGUCUGCAGCGCUCCGGAGCUCGGAGGAGACUCAUCUUUCUUAAGUUGUGUUUAUUCAAAACAAUCAAUGCCACGGGGCAGUGUUGUACAGACAUAAACAAGAGAAGAACACACUACACUGUUUAAACCAGAUCCUAAGAUGGUGUCUCUGUUGCACUGCCUUUUUCUGGGAUAUUUCACGUGGAACUCGGACGCCCUCGGAGAGUUCUGCCAUGGCUGGGUGGGUAGCAGUGGAAAUUACUACGAAGGAUUUCAGUGCCCGGAGGAUUUCGACACUUUGGAUGCUACUGUUUGCUGCGGCUCGUGCGCUCUCAGAUAUUGCUGUGCAGCCGCAGACGCCAGACUGGACCAGGGCAGAUGCACAAAUGACAGGGAGCUGGAGAAUGUAGAAUUUGCAGCACAACCAGUUUACGUGCCAUUCCUCAUCGUUGGAUCCACCUUCAUUGCCUUCAUCAUUGUGGGCUCUCUGGUGGCUGUUUACUGCUGCACCUGCUUGAGACCGAAGCAAAGCAACCAGCAGCCAAUGAGAUUCUCCCUUCGAAGCUGCCAGAUGGAAACUAUUCCUAUGAUUUUAACCACGACCAGUCUGAGCAUUGCCUCCAGGCAGUCGAGCACGGCAAGCAGCUCCACAGGAGGGUCCAUUCGCAGGUUCUCCAUCGGCAGAGCCGUGCCGGGACACAGCUGUCUCGUCUCAGCUCCUCCACCCCCUUACACCUCACCGGGGAGUCUGCAGACUCCUCAUCCUCUCCACCUCCCUCAGUCCUCUGGGUUCCUGCUCCCGCAACAGUACUUCCCUUACCUCCUGCAACCAGAACCAUUCACACCCGGAAAAAGCUUAGCAGAUUUCAGCCAAAGCUAACCUUGUCCUGAACAAUCACAGAAAAGGGAAGGCCAACAAUUUUCGGCUUUUGAAUAUACUGCAGAGUAAUAACCAACCCUCUGUUCAGCAGUGGGUGAUCAUCACAGACUUUCGUUAUGUCUUUUGUAAAAAUACACCUGGCCCAGGGUGUCGUCGGCUCACCACGCACCAGCGACCCCUGUAGUCUGGCCGGGCGCCUGCGGGCUUGCCUGUAAGCUGCCCAGAGCUGCGUUGUCCUCCGACGCUGUAGCUCUGAGGUGGCUGCAUGGUGAAUCUGCAGUGUGUAAAGAAGCGGGUGGCUGACAGCACAUCUUUGCCCCUCCCGAGUCAGUGCAGGGGUGGUAGCGGUGAGUUGAGCCUAAAAAAUAAUUGGAUAUUCUAAAUGUGGAGAAAAAAUAUUAAAACAAUUGGCAACUACUAAAUUAAAAAAAAAUAAUAAUACAAAAAAAAAAAAUAAUAUCCGCUUGUUUCGAUACAUUUUGGGGUCCUUUCUACUCUGGAAAUUAAAUAGUAGUAACUAAAUAUUUAAAUUUAGUCCUCACGGAAAUCUGCACUCAAAUUAACUAAAAUCUGCAAAGAGAAAAGUGCGUUUUCUGCAAAGAACUUGUCAAAUUCUGCGGCACAGACUUUAAUGAAAAACAGUAUUAAUGAGUAUAAAUAAGAAAAAGUAAGUCACAGUUAAAUUCAGUUUUUUAUUAAAUCACAUUACUAAAAUCUGAGAAAACUGAACAAACAUGUUUGCCAUAUUUUAUGGAAAUCAAAGAAGAAAAAAACACACAUACAAUAAAGCAAAGAAAGUUCACUUUUAAAAAAAAACUGUUACAGCACUGACUAUUGGCUGCCAUUUUUAAAAAGAUACAUAAAACAUAAAUUAAAUACAGUUAUGGCCAAAACAUAUGACUAUCACAUGAGUAAUAAUAUUUGCCUAGCAGAAUAAGAUUGUAGUGGUGCACUGGGACUCAAAUUAGCACUGGUGAAUUUUACAAAUGCACAGUUUACUGUAUACGAGGCUUGGAGCAUUUUUGUACAAAUGUAACGGUACUUUUAGAAACCUGUGCUGUUCACCAAAAUGUUGUAAUUUUAAAAUGUGUCCACAUCAAGACAGCACAUGUAAAUAGUUUGGAAGCUGUGACAAGCGCUUGGAAACAGUGACAGGCGACACUGAUUGGCUGAUAAACUAGCUUUUUUAUUUCUUUGAUCAAGACCACAUGUGAAAGUGCUACCAUCACAUAUCACAUACCACAAAACAAACGGGAAAGUAAAAAGAGGAUUGUCACAAGAACGUUAAGGCAUCCCAAGUAUUCGGAUAAUAUCUAAUAUAGUUCGCCGCCCCCUUCCUUUUUGAGCAUUCAUGUUACUACAUCAUGUGCAAGAAAUGUGUGUGUUUCCAUAUAUAAUUAGAAUGACCUCUUUCAGGACCUGCAACAUCGGGAAUACAAGCAAGGUCCUAAUUGUUUUUCUGUGGCCUUUCACAUAGGAGUAACAGAACAACGCUUCACUUUGAACUUGUGACUAAACUAUGAAAUCCUUUGGUAAAAUAAUAAUAAUCAUCAUCAUCAUCUUCCCUUAUUUCGUUCUUCAGUAGCCACUGUUUGUCUAUCCAUGGUCGUUGUCAUGGUCUUCUGUCGUUUUAACAGAAGCUAUGACGGUGAGUUAUUGGAAAUACUGGACUUGCAUUAUGCAUUUGUUCCCAAUCUUUGCCGUUAUAUUCGGUGCUAAUUUAGAUUUGUUUCCAGAGCUCACCGAUGCCCUUAGGAAUCUCUCCAUGGCUGAACUGAAGCUCGCACUGAAACCCAGCCACACUUCUCACUAUACAAACAGCGUGUAUGCACUCUAGUGACAUGUACAGUGAUAGUAGGGAGGAAAUGUUUGAGUUUUGGGGUUUUUUUUACCAAAAAAUUGGAAAUUCUGCGAGGGAGAGCAAAUUCCGUGAAUUUUUCCACAAUUGCAGAAUCCUGGAGGCACUAUUAAUUCAAUUAAUAAAUAAAUAAAUAAAUAUGAAUCAUGAUCUAUUAAGACUUCAGUCUCAAGAUCUAUUAAUAUUCAGACGUAAUAGUGGUAGGAUGGUACACAAAUCACAUUGCAAGUGAAAACAUCAGCUCAAAUGACCUGCAAAUGUGAACUGUACAAGUGGAUUGAUAUUGACAAUCUGUUGUCUUCAUAGAGGACAGCACGUAGAAAGAGGACUGAUCUGUAGGAGUACAGUGCUACUAAGGACCUAAACGUAUACAGAGGAGAAGGAGAAGCCUGGUUCUAGGGGAAUUACUGUACUUACUGUUGAAACUGUGUGGAUAGUUUAUGUUUCCUUCCCUGGAAGAAGAAAUAGGUUAAUUGCAAGUUUUUUCUGUUUAAAUACUUGCCAUUUUAAUUAAAUGUUAAUGUGGAAAUGCAUUGUUUUCAAGCCUUGUGUGUGUGUGUGUGUGUGUGUGUGUGUGUGUGUGUAUAUACAAUUUAAAAUGUUUUGAAAAAAAUGUAAUAAUUUCACAAUCAUAAUACUAAUUGUUCCUCUUGGAGGAGGAUUUAAUAAAAAAAAAGUUACAGUGAACAAGUACAUUGACAAUUUGUGAGCAUGUAAUUUCUACCUUGUUAAAUUUAAAGAAUUAAAAUGACUGGUU